CUUGUUCCAUACAAAGAGGCUUGGCUUUUCGUCAUUCGCGUAAUUUGCUCAAUAUUAUGCAACUUUGUGCAAAAAUAUGCAUAAAAUCAAAACUAAUGAGAAAUUCAUCAGCCUUGUCGAAAACCAAGCAAGGCUGAGAACUUUCAUAUUGCAUGAAGAAGACAAACAAAUUCAUAAUGACAAUACCACGUCUGCCGACGGUAGAUGAUCUACCCAAAAAUAUAUUAUGUGAUAUUUUGCCUUCGAAAGAUGGGAAGAAUACUAAUAUAUUGAUCUUACUUCAUGGAUUGGGAGAUACGAAAGAUGGAUUUACCCAACUUGGUGAGUCCUCAUUCACUUCACUUCAUCUUCAUCUUCCUCUUCCAUUACAAUAUACCAAUACUUCUCUGUCUGGUACCAUAAUCAUACACUUGGUAGACUGUGCUGUGCGGCUUCUAUAAAACAUCAUACUAAUGCACCUUCAGCAAAAAAUCUCUCCCUCCCCCAAACCGCCUCCCUAAUCCCACAAGCACCAACCCCAAUUCCCGCCCUCAUAACCGGAUCCGAUACUCCUUCUUUCCACUGGGCUCGAGAUCUCGAAUUCGAUUCUACGACUGGUCAACUUGAUCUCGAUGCUGAUUUGACACCUUCUAUUACAAUCUUGACCUCUAUCAUUGAAGCGUUAAUAAAAGUAUGUAAUUAUCCACCACGAAAUAUAUUUCUUUUCGGAUUUGGACAAGGAGGCAUGCUUGCACUUUCUACACUUGCAAAGUCUUCAUUUCUUGAUGGCAAUGGGGAUGGGAAUAAGGAGUUGGGAGGUGUGAUAUCGAUUGGUGGUCGACUUCCCGCGUCAUUUUCCCCGCCUUCAAAUUCAAAGUCGGAAGGAAAGGAGAAAGAGAAGGGAAAAAUUAAAACACCGGUAUUAGUAGCGGGAGGGAAUAGAAAUACGGAGAUUACAAGGACGGCUUUGGAUAAGAUUAAGAGUACGUUUGCGGAUGUGGAAUAUGUGAAGUGGGAGAGAGAAGGGGAUGGGAUGAUGAGGGGGAGGGAGGAGGUAUUGCCGUUGAUGAGGUUUUGGGGGAGGAGGUUGAGGAUGGGUGCCCCCGAGGGUAUGAGUGAGAUUUGAUGAAGGGAUGGGAUGGGGAGAUGUGGAAUGUAUGAUUUGAAAAUGAGAGAGCAAGAGGCGGCUUUAGUGGACUUGGGGACUUUUGAUGGAUUUGGCAUCCAAAGAACAAUAAGAUUUCAAUGCCUAGAUUCAUAUUUGACUAUCCUUACUGAAUAGCAACAAUAUAUGUCAUAUACUAUACUCGCAGAUAGUUCUGCACUCAUCAUACCUU